CCGAGAUUUUGAUCAUCACAGCAAGCGGAUAUGCCUAUUACUGUAAACAUAGGAUUAAAGGUUAUAUCGGAUCUGUUUGCAUCUACCAUUUUGUGCAUCAGAUUUCCGUUUAUCUCAAAAAUUAAAUUGCAUCAGUGAUUACAAUGAUUUUUGUGGGAUAAGACAUGAUUCGAGAACACACCCCAUGUUCAAUCGGGAAGCACUCGUCAAUGAAGAGAAGCAAAUGUUUUACAUCGUCAUUCUAUGUGCCUUAUUAUUACUCGAACUUGCUUCAUUUGGAAUAUCAGUGUAUUUCGUCGGAGGAGUGCAGUAUAACCAAGUGUAUUUGGUGCACGGAUCAACACUUCUCCUAGGGAAUACAUUUUUAGUGCAAGGAAUUAUUAUGAAAACUUUUGAUCAGGUGCUUUUAUACCCGAUUAUAUAUUUCUAUACGCUGGCAAUAACAUUCCUGAGCAGUUCUUCCGAGAUAGGGUUAUAUUUCGCGUUUAAAAUGGUGCACGUUGGCAUCCUAGUGCUGCGAGGGCUUAUUCUGUGCUACUUGAUCAACCGAUUGAGGCGAGAAUUUGCCUGGUAUUAUUUCAAGAAACUGGGCACAAGUGAACGAGUAAUUGGUAAGUCGAUUUUCUAAUUUUAGAAGCUAAUAGGGUAAGUGAUAACAUUAAUUUA